AUGGCUUCAAAGACCUACUUCGGCCGUGCCGAGCACGAAGGCCGCCGCCUCGGUGCGGAUUUCGACCUCCUUGCCAAGUGGUCUCGUGCCUGUUCCCUUGACCACCCGAUUCACUCGUACUACCUGACACAGCUCUCCGGCGAGGAUCGAUCACAGCUGUUUACUGGCCCCGCCCAGGAGUUUCGCCUAGAGGAGGGCCCAAAUGACACGGUCAAGCUCGAAACUAUUCAAGACGAAGUCGAUCGCCUCGAACCCGACGUGAUUGAGAUGAUGCGGUCGACCAACUAUCAGCGAUCCGAGGCGCGACGUUUCGAGAUGCUGAACGAGAUCGAGGACAUGCAUGACAAGGCAGAUGGCGCAGCCGCUUUGGCCCUGUCUGGCGCGCUUCUUCGGGGCAUGGACGGCCCGCCCGCUGAGAAGCUUGCGAAGCAGGUUUCCGACAAUAUUCUCGACUCUGCAGGCGCCAAAGUCGUGGCGCGUUGGAAAGCUGCCAGGGACGAGCGUUUGAUGGGCAUCAACAACCAGAUUCCUAGCUCGCCGAAGCAGACCAGUGGUGGGGACGAGGACCGGCCUGGCUACGACUCGAUGGAUGAGACAGCAACGAGUGACACGGGUUAUUCCACCACCACCAGCCAGAACAUCGCCAGGAGAAAGCGAGUGCAAGGCGUAUCCCUCAAUACCUCGUUCUCUCACCGGUUUGCUGAUGCUGCGCCGGCAAGCGAACCGUUCAUCAAGACAGUUUCUCAGGCCUAUGAUUCCCACUCCAGCGAGUUUGAAGAUGACCACACUACUCCGCAGCAAAAGCUUGCUACCAGGUUCAUGUCUCCCAGCAGCUCCGCUCCGGACUACGGAAGCGAAACCUCGACAGACUCCGCUCACUGGAAUAGCCCGAGCUCGGCUGGUGAAAGCCCAUCAUCUCCGGAUCUCGACUCCGAGAUCGGCUUUUUGGACGAGGCAGAUGGCGGUGUCGCGCUACUUCCCACCUGCCUCGCUGAAGAGCUGGGACUCAAGGAUGAAUCCGAUAUGGCGACCCCAACCCCUGGUUCUUGUUUAAGCCACCCUGAGACUUUUGCAAGCCACCUUGGCGCUGGCUUGAGCCGAGCCUUCUUCACUGUUCCUACUGGCUUGAAUGGCAUGUUGGCUAACAACAACACUUAUGUUAACACGUUCAACCCGUCUCCUACGUUCGGUUCGUUUGAUACACACGUUGCCGACAACGCUGUCAGCCAAGAGACCAAGUCAAGAGCCUCGCCUGGUCCGUUCUCGCCGCAAUCCGAGACUAGCGACUACCCGCUGGCUGAAGAGCAGCCCUGGAAAGGAUUCACCUGCUACGAAGUUGCUGCUAAGUUCGGCAAUGACCAGCUGGUUCCCAAGUACUGGACCACCACGCGCGGGAAGGAGCGUUAUGUUCGUCAUAAGAUUGGUGACUUGAAGCUGGACGAUGCCAAGCUGCGCUCUGAUCGCUUCUCGGGUUCUGUCGCGCGCAACCCCGUUCAUAUCUUCGUUGAUCUCUCCAACAUCAUCAUCGGUUUCUAUGACAGCAUGAAAGAGAGCCGGGGCAUCUCCGUCAACAAACGUGUCAUGGCCCCGGCAUUCUCGUUCAAGAACUUCGACACCAUCCUCACUCGCGACCGAAAUGUCGCCAAGAGGAUCGUCGCAGGCUCCUUGGCCAACUCGUACAGCAAGCGGCGGCCUGGAUACAUGGUCCAAGCCCAAGAUCUGAAGUACGAGAUGAACAUUCUGGAACGCGUUCCGAAGCCUGCGUCGCCUGUGCGCAAGCGCAAGCCGAAAGCCGGAGCCCGCGACUUGGACGCGCCCACGUCUGGGGCUGACACUUCAGGCGACGAUUGCUUUGUGGGACCGAUGAAGCAUGGAGAGCAGGGUGUGGACGAGUUGCUCCACCUCAAGAUUCUCCAGAGUGUUAUCGACAGCAAGCCUGCGACCAUGGUGCUCGCUACGGGCGAUGCUGCGACUGCGCAGUACUCGGAUGGCUUCAAGAAGAAUAUCGAGCGAGUACUUGCCUACGGCUGGAACAUUGAACUGUACGGCUGGAGCCGCAACAUCUCGUCCGCCUGGCGCGAGCCUGAGUUUGCCGAGCAAUGGGGACACCAAUUCAAGAUCGUUGAGCUCGAUGGGUUCUGCGAGGAGCUUUUUGACAUGACGAUUGAGUCAUUGGAGCAGUAA